CAUUCCGAGUGACACAAGACCUCGACCGCGGACUGUCAAGUCUGAUGAGUGCAUCUUGAGGCUGUCUUGCCGCAGCUCAUGUCCCCGUCUGUGUCGGUGAGCAAUCUCCGUUCCGCUUUAUUCUGCUGGAGAUCAUGCCAACGGAUAGCGUGGGACCCUUUUGUGUGGCUGUUGCUUUGCGAUCCGACCGCAGGGCUUGGGCCGUCAUCUGGCGGGGCGCGAAGCACAGCACAUAGGAAGGUGUGAGGCCCCUGGACAAGACACGGCACAUCUCAGGAAUAGCGAAGUUGGAGCACAUAAAAGGAGGGCAUCAUCGGAAGUCUUGGAUGGAGUAUACGCACACCUCUCCCUCGUCCAUUCCCGGCUGCCCCGCCUCACCAUGCCGUAACAUUCUGCCUCGCCUCCUUCGAACACCAACAACAUGCGCUCCACGUUUGAUCUUCGUCUCCUCCUCGCCUCGCUCGUGUGCAGCUUGGCUCUGCUGCGCACAGCAUCCGCCAUUCCUGCCACGGAGGAUGGGCUGCUGAUGGCUCGCGGAAAUGCUGGCGUUGGCAAGCGCUGCUCCGCUUCGCCGCAAUGCAAGACGGGUCUGUACUGCAAACGGGGAUCCUGCUCUGCCAAACGAGACGUCGGAGGUCCUUGCUACAAGAACAAUGGCUGCAUCUCGGGCAAGUGCGUCAAGUCUCGCUGUGCGGCCACCUCGACUCCAACGCUGCUCCCUGUCGGCUCCAAGUGCUCCACGAGCGCCGCUUGCGCCUCGGGCUACUGCGGUCGCUCAAAGUGUGCAGCCAAGCUCGCUGAUGGAGAAGCGUGCUAUAAAGACAACGGCUGCACUAGCGGCAAGUGCACAAACGGCAAGUGCGGUGCAGGAACAACGGCGCCCACCAACCCGCCGGUGAUUGUAGCUGGCAACCGAGUGAGCAAUCCGAGCUUUGAAGACGGCACGCUCUCUGCCUACACCACCAAGGGCGACGUGAGCAUCGGCUCUGCUCCAGGCGCAGCGUACGAUGGCACGUACUACGCCAUCCUGAAGUCUGCUCAAGGCGUCACUGCAAGUCUUGGACAAAGUACGAGCGUAAAGCGGGCAAUCACAAAUUCUUAUCAAGUCAAAUUUCAAUAUCGCGUCCGUGCGCUGUCAGGCAGCACAAGUCGACCAUUUUGCUACAUCGCACCAGCCAUCAAUGGGUUGGCCGAAGCAGCUGCAGAGCCCGACUUUUUUUACGCUGCAGUGAAUCAAACUGGCUGGACAGAGUACAACAAGCUGUUGCAGAGCGAGCCGACGAUCAAUAGCAUUGAAAUCUUUACAUUUUGCAACAGCGUCACAACGGCUACGUUCGAUGUCGAUGCUCUCAGCUACGUACAGGACCUGCAGGGUGGACAUCCAAACAACAUCAACAACGUCGGAAACCUCAUCAUGAAUGCCAAAUUUGGAGAGUACGCCAAUCCUGGAGCGUAUUGGAGCACAGAAGGCAAUGUCCAAUUCACCGACGCUGGCUAUCCCGUCUACACGGUCAACCAGAAGAACAAUUACUACGCACUUUUGACCGCGCCUAGCGGAGGUCUAUCAGCGAUUUACCAAAACUACAACGUCUACCCAGUCGACGGUGUCGAGCCGUACGGCAUCAGUCCUGGAUUUGUUCACUUCGUAUCCUCCUUUUCCCGCUCUGCAUCCACGCCCGAUGCGGUUUGUCGACUUCGCACAACCAUGAACGGUAUCGCCUACUCGGACGAUAUCGUCAUCGACGCCGCCAGUCCCGAUAACGGACCGGACGAGACGUACUUUAUCGAGCACAAUACCAUCUCUGGAACGUUUGACCAGCCUGGACUAGACAGACCUUUUAGACUCGAGGUCAACUGCGAUCAAGGCGCACAGGCUUCCGUAAGGCUCGACCACACCGCCAUCUUUGCCGGACGCGACAAGUGAAUGGCAACGCCCUAUAGCGCCAGAUUGCACCGCCGCCGCCGCCGCUAGGCCCGCCUCUCUUCGAUCUCGCUCAAUUAACACAGUCCACAGUCUACGCACUUUCGUUUUCAGUGCAAGUCUUCUUCUCGUUAGCCUUGCCUUCACCCCUCGUACCGCGUCACCUCUGUCACCUCGCUGCACUCUCAGCUCAUGCGCAUUGCCUGCCCAAUCGUGUAUCUCGUGUUCACAUCGCGUAAUGCGAUGAUGCGGAAACACUUUCGGACCACGCAAGAUGCAUUUUCGAUGUGAUAUGUGUGUGAUAGUUUGGCAAUGGCAG